AUAACAAAAAAAACAAAAAAAAAAAACACAGAAGUGAGAGGUAGAGCGGAAAACAUCUCAGACAGCCAAAGUCAGAGAGACGGAGAGGGGUGAGACGGAGAGGGGGAGAGAGAGAGAUAGAAGAAGAGGGGGAGAGACAUAGUCAUGGCUCCUUGGAUGAGGACCACUACGGAGAGAUAUGCCGUAGUAACGUGGAAUUUCACUGGACAUGGGGAGAAGCAGCUGUCUCUGGAGGUUGGAGACACGGUCUACAUCCAGGAGACCUGCGAUGGCUGGUAUAAAGGAUACCUUACCAGGAACAAGGACCAACAGGGUGCGUUCCCGGCCAACAUAGUGAAGCUUAGGAAGGUCAUCAUUGAAAAGCGAGGGGACCAGGAGGUGGUGUUGUCAGCAGAGAUGCCCCUGGUGAAGGAGGUGACCACCACACUAAGGGAAUGGGGAAGCAUCUGGAAACAGCUCUAUGUGGCCAAUAAGAAGGAACGUGUGGUACAGGUGCAGAGGUUGAUGUGGGAUCUGAUGGAAUGGCGUUCCCAGCUCCUCUCUGGAACAUUGCCUAGCGACGAGUUCAAGGAGCUCAAACAGAAAGUCACCUCCAAGAUAGACUAUGGCAACAAGAUCUUGGAAUUGGACCUUGUGGUACGGGAUGUCGACGGGAAUAUGUUGGACCCGGAGAAUGCCAGUGUGAUCAACCUGUUCCGGGCCCACCAAGACGCUACCACCAAGAUCAAUGAUCGCAUCAAAGAGGAACAGGUCAGACGAAGAUCUAAUAUUCAGUCGGACCACUCUGGAAUCUCUGCCCGCAUCCAGUCAUCUCCCACUCACAGCCUCUACGUCUUUGUCCGGAACUUUGUGUGUCGGAUCGGUGAAGAUUCAGAACUCUUCAUGUCUCUCUAUGACCCCAACAAACAGACCAUCAUCAGUGAGAACUACCUGGUUCGCUGGGGCAGUAAAGGUUUCCCUAAAGAGAUUGAGAUGCUGAACAACCUGAAGGUCGUCUUCACUGAUCUGGGUAACAAGGACUUGAACAGAGAGAAGAUCUAUUUGAUCUGCCAGAUAGUCAGGGUGGGCCGUAUGGACUUGAAGGAGACCAACACCAAGAAGUGUACCCAGGGCCUCCGCCGGCCUUUUGGGGUGGCCGUGAUGGACAUAAGUGACAUCAUCAAAGGAAAGAUAGAGUGUGAUGAGGAGAAGCAGUAUUUCAUCCCCUUUGUCCCGGUCGUCCAAGAGAACGACUUCCUCCACUCCCUGCUGAACAAAGUCACAGCAUCCCGGGGAGACAGCGGAGGACAGGGUCUCUGGGUGACGAUGAAGGCUCUGGUCGGUGACAUCGUCCAGAUCCGUAAGGAGUACCCUCACCUGGUGGAUCGCAGCACAGUGGUCGCUCGAAAACUGGGCUUCCCAGAGAUCAUCAUGCCGGGAGACAUCCGCAAUGACAUCUACCUCACGCUGUGGGCCGGAGACUUUGACAAGUACAACAAGACCACCCAGAAAAACAUGGAGGUCAUCAUGAUGGUGUGUGACGAGGAGGGCAAGGCCGUGCCGAACUCCAUCUGUCUUGGAGCUGGGGAUCGACCACUCAAUGAAUACAGAUCUGUCAUCUAUUACCAGAUCAAACAACCACGCUGGAUGGAGACGUUCAAGGUGGCUAUCCCUUUGGAAGAGAUGCACAGGAUCCACCUGCGCUUCAUGUUUAGACACCGUUCCUCUCAGGAGUCUAAGGAUAAGAGUGAGAAGAACUUUGCCAUGGCAUUUGUUCGCCUGAUGAAGGACGAUGGGACAGUGCUGCAGGACGGGCUUCAUGACCUAGUGGUCUUUAAGGGGGACAGUAAGCGUAUGGAGGACGUGAACUCAUACCUGUCCCUUCCCUCUGCGCGUCACGGCGACGUCCACAAGGGGGCGACGCUGAGCCGCAGCAGUAGCAGUGUAGGAGGGCUGUCAGUGAGCUCCAGAGACAGCUUCACCAUCUCCACACUCGUCUGUUCCACCAAGCUCACCCAGAAUGUGGGUUUGCUGGGCCUACUGAAAUGGAGGACUCGUCCUGAGCUUCUCAAAGAAAACCUGGAGAAACUCAAGAUCAUUGAUGGAGAGGAGGUGGUCAAGUUUCUUCAGGACACCCUUGAUGCUCUGUUCACCAUCAUGAUGGAGCACUCCCAGACUGACGACUACGACAUCCUAGUUUUCGACGCGCUGAUCUACAUCAUUGGUCUGAUAGCAGACAGGAAGUUCCAGCAUUUUAACACGGUGUUGGAGGCCUACAUCAAGCAACACUUCAGUGCCACACUGGCCUACAAAAAGUUGAUGUCGGUGUUGAAGAGGUAUCUAGAUGUGUCCAGUCGAGGGGAGCAGUGUGAGAACUACCUCCGCACCCUCAAAGCUCUGGAGUACAUCUUCAAGUUCAUUGUCCGCUCACGCACGCUCUACUCCCAGUUGUAUGAAGGGAAGGAGCAGGUCGAGUUCGAGGAGUCUCUUCGGAGGCUCUUUGAGUCCAUCAACAACCUGAUGACCAGUAACCAAAACACAACUGUCUUACUGCAGGUGGCUGCUCUGAAGUACCUGCCCACCGUCUUGCAGGAUGUGGAGACGGUCUUCGAUGCCAAACUUCUGAGUCAGUUGCUGUAUGACUUCUACACCUGCAUUCCUCCUGACAAGCUGCAGAAACAGAAGGUGUCAUCCAUGACUGAGAUCGUCAGCAGCAAACUGUUCCAGAAGCAGGACUGCCGUGAUAUCUUGCUACCCAUGAUGCUCCGGGAGCUGAGCGGAGCGUUGAAAGACAUGGGAGAGGGGCCCCAUGAUGACCGGAGGAACAGUGUUGAGCUUCUCAACAACAUCCUAGAAGUCCUCAGCAGAGACAAUGUGGGCGAGACGUUCCAGCAUAUUCAGGACAUCGUGGUCAGUCUCCUCAUGACCAUUAACCGGACGGUCAUAACCAUGGGUCGUGAACACACCCUGAUUUCCAGGGUGGUGGCCUGCAUGACAGCCAUUCUGAGUCAGAUGGAUGACAGACACUACACACUUUACCUGGAGACCUUUUCAGGCACCAGAGAUCUAGUGGACUUUCUGAUGGAGACGUUCAUGAUGUUCAUGGAUCUGAUAGGGAAGCAUGUCUAUCCCUCCGACUGGAUGGCCAUGAUCAUGGUGCAGAACAGGGUGUUUCUCAGAGCAAUUAAUAUCUACGCUGACACCAUGAACCUCAAGUUCCUCAACAACAAUGACUUUGAAGUGCAGUUGUGGAAUAAUUACUUCCAUUUGGCCGUUGCAUUCAUUACCCAGGAGUCAUUGCAGCUUCAGCACUUCUCUCCAACCAAGAGGAACAAGAUCCUGACAAAAUAUGGAGACAUGAGGAGACUCAUUGGUUUCGCCAUACGAGACAUGUGGUACAAACUGGGUGGGAAUAAGAUAUGUUUCAUCCCUGGGAUGGUGGGUCCUAUCCUGGAGAUGACUUUGAUUCCAGAGGAGGAACUUAGGCGGGCCACCAUUCCCAUCUUCUUCGACAUGAUGCUGUGUGAACACAAACACUCCACACACUUCCACAAGUUUGAGAAUGAGAUCAUCUUGAAGCUGGAUCAUGAAGUGGAAGGAGGAGGAGGAGAUGAGAGAUACAUGGAGCUCCUGGAAAACAUUCUUUUGGAAUGUGCUAUAGAGUAUCCCUUCAUGAAGCCCGAAGUCGAGCACUUCGUUACCUUGGUGAAGGGACUUCUGGUGCGUCUCCUUGACUACCGCACAGUGAUGAACGACGACAGCCGCAACAACCGCAUGAGCUGCACCGUCAAUCUCCUGAAUUUCUACAAGGACAUCAAUCGUGAGGGAAUGUACAUCAGAUACCUUUACAAGCUGAGAGACCUUCACAUGGCUGUGGAAAACUACACAGAGGCAGCAUACACUCUGUUGCUUCACUCUCGCCUGCUCAAGUGGUCAGAUGAGCAGUGCGGUCCUCAGUUUGAGAUGGGGAGCAGUCAGACCCAGCGCCAGCAGAAGGAGUACCUCUAUGACACCAUCAUCGGAUAUUUCGACAAGGGCAAGAUGUGGGAGGAAGCCAUCAUUCUUUGUAAGGAGCUGGCAGACCAGUAUGAAAAUGAGGUGUUUGACUAUGAGCUGCUCAGCCAGAGUCUGAAGCAGCAGGCUAAGUUCUAUGAGAGCAUCAUGAAGAUCCUCAGGCCCAAGCCAGACUACUUUGCAGUGGGCUACUACGGACAGGGCUACCCCCCGUUCCUCAGGAACAAGGUGUUCAUCCACCGGGGGAAGGAGUACGAGCGUAGAGAGGACUUCCAGAACCAGCUGAUGAGUCAGUUUCCCAGCGCUGUUCGUCUAAACAUCACCACCAUGCCCGGGGAUGACAUCAUGCUCUCCCCGCUGCAGUACAUCCAGUGUUUCACGGUUCAGCCCGUUCUGGAGAUCCCACCCCGCCUGAAGAACAAACCUGUUCCUGACCAGAUCAUCAACUUCUAUAAGUCCAACUAUGUGCAGCGUUUUCACUACUCCAGACCUGUGAGGAGAGGCCCAGUGGACCCCAACAAUGAGUUUGUAUCUAUGUGGAUUGAGCGCACCACAUUCACCACAGUGUAUAAACUUCCUGGGAUCCUGCGAUGGUUUGAGGCCACAGACAUGAAACAUACCACUAUCAGUCCACUGGAGAAUGCUAUAGAGACCAUGGAGAGCACCAAUGAGAAGAUCCUGACCAUGAUCAACCAAUACCAGGCUGACGAAGCCCUACCCAUCAACCCCCUCUCCAUGCUGCUCAAUGGCAUUGUAGACCCUGCUGUCAUGGGGGGCUUUGCCAAGUACGAGAAGGCCUUCUUUAUUGAGGAGUACACCCAGAAACACCCAGAGGACAGAGAUAAGUUGGCUCGCCUCAAAGACCUCAUAGCAUGGCAGAUCCCGUUGCUCGGCGGAGGGAUCUCGUUACAUGGGAAGAGAGUAACAGACGACCUACGACCUUUCCACGAGCGCAUGGAGGAGUGCUUCAAACAUAUGAAGAAGAAGGUGGAGAAGGAAUAUGGAGUGAGGGAGCUGCCGGAUAUGGAUGAGAGGAAGUCCACUCGUCCCCGCUCCGUCCUCCGCUCCUUCCGCCAGUCUGUCAUAUCCAUCUCCUCUCUCCAGGGUUCAGAGUGUGGGACCCCUACCAAGACCCACCCAGACAGCGGUCUCCCUGACAACGCCCCCCCACAGUAUCCCACCCUGCAGCGUUCCGCAGGGAGUGUGAGCGUGGGGGACGAGGGUGUGGCCGAGGGGGAGGUUAAACUCAGGAAGUCCAAGAGGAAAAAGAAGAGGAGCAGCAUGAUCUUCAUCCAGGAGGAGAGAGACAGGACCCACACAAUGGACAGCAAACGGCUGUCUAAGAAGCAGGAGUUCCGCAGUGACACCAACCUGUCUGAACCUCAGGGAAACGACUCCCUGACCAACGCCAACUCCAGAUCGCUGCCGGCUAUAACAGGUCUGUCUCUGUCUGUGGCCAAUGGGAGUGAGGAGGCGGAGUCAGCCCGGGCUAGGCGGGACAGUAAGAGUAUGUCUGUCUGUUUGCCCGGUGACCGGACCGCUGACCGACGAUCCAAGGGGGUCAUCAACCUGCUGUUUGGGACCAAAAGCAACAAGCUGGAGCAACCGAGCAUCAAGCCGCCGACUGACCCGGGCCAGAAGAACCCCAGUCAUUUCUAACAGCCAUCCAACAGCCAUGAUGACCCCAGGGACCCUUUUCACCUGCUCUGCUUUGAACGCCAGCUAAACCCCAGAGCCUGCCGCCCUGCUAGAAGUUCUGUUUUGGAAAUAGCUAUCUGAUCUGCUUUUUAUUGGGUUUGGGGUUGUUUAUGCACACAUGGGCUCACUGGAACAGAGCUAGAAGAAUAUAAUGAGACAGAUUCUCUGAAGAUAUUCCGCCUGGCGUGCUUUGAAGCUUCAGCUCUUAUAUCUUUUAUAAUAUUUUCAAUAAAGAACAUAUUUAUUGA